AUGAUUCGUGACUAUGUUGUAUAUCAGUAUGAUGUAGCUUGCCAAAUCAAGGCGAAGUCAGAAGUACUGGUGAUUGCAGAUUUUGCAGGGAAUAGUGAAUGGGGAGACAAUGAUCCCUCAGUUCUUGUGAUAAAAAUUUCUGGAGAAUUACAGAGUGAGUUUCAACUGACUAAUGGUUAUGGACCACAGAGAGCCCCACAAAUUAUGCGAAACCAUUGGAACACAUACAUAGUUGAGGAUGACUACAAGUUCAUAUCAAGUAACGGAUCGAACGCUGUGAGAAUUCCUGUUGGUUGGUGGAUAGCAAGCGAUCCAACGCCCAAUCCCUACGUUGAGGGAUCAUUGCAUGCGAUGGACAAAGCCUUCUUGUGGGCUAAGAAAUAUGGGGUGAAGAUUAUAAUUGACCUUCAUGCAGCGCCCGACUCUCAAAAUAGUUGGGGACACAGCUCUUCUAGAGAUGGUUCUCAAGAAUGGGGCAAAACAGAUGAAAAUAUUCAACAAACAGUUUCUGUAAUCAGUGCCGGCUGAACAGUGGAGCAAGAGAGGCGGUCGCCUAAGGCCCCAAGUAAAAAAAAGGCCCCCAAAUUUUAACCAAUAGGGUUAUUUAUAAUCAAUAAAUAAAAUAAUUUUUUU